GCAGACAGGGACAGAGACACUGAGAGGGAUGGAGCAGGAUGCUGCCCGGUGGAGGAUCUGAGGCGGUACCACAUACUUUCUCCCUCCUUGAGCGCAUCAACGAGCUCUGAUCCAUAGGUGGAAAGCAGAGAGAUCUUCACAGACAAGAUCACACAAAUGUAACAAUUACGAGUGGAGAGGAGAGCUGAAAAAAAGGGGGGUGGAUUUUAAGGAAACCGAAGGCAUCAAAGUCUACAUUAUUAAGGAGGAUUUGAGGAGUCUGCGCUUAUAAUCCGACAUCAGAGGCGGAAUGUGAAUCCAAAUAACUUAUGUUAAUUAGAGAUUUUAACGAAUAUGAUGCGAUUUGAACGGCUCUGAAGCACCGAGAGAAGAAUUUUAGAUUGGCCACUUGAAUUUAAAAAUCUGUAUUUUUUUUAGGGGGAGUGGUGGGGGCUGCUUGUGUUCACCGUCGACUUUCCCCCAGAACUGGUUUGCAGCCUCUGUACGGUCAUAUGCGACUAAAAAGCAGUUGGCUAUCAGAGGUUGUAUCGGACUACUGUGCGUUUGUGCUCAUGGCACACACUGGAGUUAUCAUUAUUUCGGACUGAGGGGAUGAUUUUAGUGCGCCUGUUCCGCAAUGAUUUCCGCCUAAUUUCCCAGGUCCGACUGAGGUCUGCCAGACUUUGUGGAAAAGGAGAUUAUUGUCUGUUGUCAAUGUUUAUCAAACCCACGGCAUUCUGCAGCGCAACUCAACACAGUGGACGGCAAGAAAAUCCCGAGGAGUGACAACGGACAUUCACACGACGAGCCACGAAAGCUCCGGAUCAACUUCAAAACUAAAGCGCACAAGUUUUAAGUCUGGAAUAUAAGAAUAGAUGAUUCUCAGAGGACAGAAGACAAAAUACACCUAGGCCUACAAAAUGUUCAAAAGGGGCUGUGGGCUGGAGUUCCUGCUGGUUCUCUGUGGGCUCGAGUUUUCCUGGUCCUGCCCCCGUCACUGUAUCUGCUACACUGCACCCAGCACAGUCUCCUGCCAAGCCCACAACUUCCUGUCGGUCCCUGAAGGCAUUCCUCCUGACAGUGAGCGCAUCUUCUUACAGAACAAUAAGAUCCAUCGUUUACUUCGGGGCCACUUCAGCACCGACACGGUCACACUCUGGAUCUACUCCAAUAACAUCACAUACAUCGAGCCCUCCACCUUCCACGGCUUCACGCUGCUUGAGGAGCUGGAUCUGGGAGACAACCGCCACCUGCGCUCCUUGGCUGAAGACACCUUUCAUGGGCUGACUCGGCUCAAUGCGCUACACCUGUACCGUUGUGGGCUCAGUUCACUUCCUAAUAACAUCUUCCAGGGACUCAGAAACCUGCAGUAUCUCUACUUGCAGGAUAAUCAUCUGAAGUUUCUGCAGGAUGACACAUUUAUGGACCUCCACAACCUGAGCCAUCUGUUCCUGCACGGAAACCGUCUGUGGAGCAUCAACCAGAACACCUUCAGAGGCCUUCGAGCCUUGGACCGACUGCUUCUGCACCAAAACCAGAUUGAGUGGGUCGACCGCCUGGCCUUCCAUGACCUGAAACGUCUCACCACCCUCUACCUGUUCAACAACUCCCUGAUACAGCUGUCUGGACAGUGCCUGGACACGCUGCCCGCCUUGGAAUACCUACGCCUCAACGACAACCCCUGGUCAUGUGACUGCAAGGCCCAGUCCCUAUGGGAGUGGUUGAAACGUUUCCGAGGUUCAACGUCUUCAGUGGGUUGCCAGGCGCCGGCUGAUAUGGUUGGGAAAGACCUCAAGGAGCUUCGCAAGGAGGACUUCCCUAACUGUUCACCAACUGUACCUAAUUCGGAGUCCAGAGCCCAGACUAACAAUUUAUCUGGCACGGUGAAUCCAUCUAUGAAUCGUGGCGUGGUGGUAGGCUCUGGAGGACAGACCCACAUAGUUCACCCCUCGAGGCCUGGCCGUUCUCGGAACUGCACAAAGCCUCGUAACAGGGUUGGCAAGGGGAAAGGUGACAAUGAGGUUCACCACUCAAAGGAGGUCAUGGCAGACAAGGAGGAUUCCUCCCCAGAUUUCACAGAUGGGGGGAAACAUGACCACACGUCUCCAGACGGCACCGUCACACGGAGGAAGCACAAGUGCACUCCCCGGACCACUGUACGCCCCCCUAGUGGGGUUCAGCAAGCCAACAAUAGGGCAAGCUUAUCCCAGUCCUUACUACAUGUCUAUGCCCUCUUUGUGGCCUUGAUAACAACAAACAUUGACUACAUUCUCCGCUGACCUACAUAGGGUUUGGCAAACGCUAAUCACAAAAAAACACAGCCCUCAGACCCUCUCUUGCUCCUGCACUACAAGGCCUGUGUGUCUUUUAUGUAUGUGUGUGUGAGUGUGAUUAUAUGUGUAAAUGUUGUGUAGGGAGCUUUACUGUUCAGACUGAAACAGGCAUCAAAGCAUCAAACAUCUACAACAGAAAGACUCGCAGCACAAGAAUCGGAGGGACUGAGAGCCAGAGAACGAUGAAAGGUUAAUGCAGACCAAGCUUGCACUGCCACUUAUGUCAGUAUGAUUUCACUUCAUAUGUCUUGGUAUACAACUUCUGUUUUUCACUCAACUGGAGCUCAGAUAACCAAAAUUUGGUGAAAAUAGAGGAGAAAGAGUUGAGAGAGCAAACAAGGUAAAACUUGUUAGCUAGUUAGCUCUGAGACGGAAAAGCUGCUCCAUCCAGCUUUAAUUUUCAGUUCACAGAUUGUAAAUUGUUAUCAAGAAGGUACAAAUGGAAAGUCAAUAACCAUGGGAAGCCUCCAGCGUCAGUCCUAUCUUGCUCUCAUUCUUUCAGCCAAAUGUAUUUUUCUGUUGCAUCCUUUGCUAACAACAGGUUGGAACAAUUGAGUGUAAGUGGUUCUCAGAAACAAAGAGGUAAAGUGUAAGCGUGGCAAUAAAUUGUUAGUCAGUAUCAGUAUCUUACAACAAAAUGGAAAUCUAUAGCCACAGAUGUUAACAGAGCAACCAGUUAGCUCAUACACUGUAUGAAGCCCUAAUAAAUUGUAACUACUCACUACAUAAUGCUGGCUUUUUCAGGUACUGUACCAACCUUUCUGCCUAUUUAACAGUAUUUCUCAUCGGUAUUACAUUUCUUGACACAACUCUGCCUCCUUCUUCAUUUCCACCGCCUCUCUCCCUCUGUGCAACUGAAUAUUAAGCUGCUAAUUGUUUCAAGAUGACGAGGACUGCCAUGCGCUAUUUUCAUUUGCUUGGAAAACAAUUUGUGUCUCUGGGAGAUCAAGCUGUGAAUAUUGAAGAGUCUGUCUAUAUCUUGUGUCAGAUGUUGUUCAUUUGAUUUUUCUAUGACACAAAAUGGACCUAGAGACGGAUCCCUGCUGCAGGGCCAACAGGAGCCUUAGAGGUCGAGGGUCAAACGGGGCUUUCUCAGUUUCCCAGUGAGGUUGUGCUGAACUGAUUUCCUCCUCAGUGAGGGCAUACCUGCCUCAUUGAGAAUGUGAGGAACACAUUUUUUUUCUUAAUCACUUAACUUCAAAGGAAUACAAGAACUAGACUCAAGAAAAAAAUGUGUGUGUACCUUAACUGACUUGUGAUCAAUAAAAGAUUUUAAAAAAUAAACAUUUUGAAUGGAGCAUGGCAAAACAGGGAUCAUGCAGAGAGAAUAAUAAGUCCUUAUUAACUGAUGUGAUUGUCCAUGGAUGUGGCGGAUCCAAGACCAAGACAAUCGCUUCUGAAGUAACAAGGGGAUGCAGUACAAUGCAGACUGACAGAUGGACAAUUACAGGACAUCUUAUUAUACUUCUGGAGCUUUUGUGCCUCCCUUAAAUCUAAUGAUAGGAUGGUGUUUGUAUCAAUGAUGUGAACUGUACCGGUAACAGUGGAGACAAGAGGACUUCUUGCAGUGCUGAUAUUAAUCAUUUACUGUAUUACUAUGAGAAAAAACAAUAUCAGUGACAUCAAUGAUGAUAACAGGGUUUUCUGCUCCUCCUGUCAGGAGGAGUCUUUCGAUUUUUGAUUUUCUGGUGAUUUGUUUAUUUACGUAUUUUUCAUGUUAUAUUUUUAGAACCUUUUAUUUGUUAAUGCACAAUUCCUCACCUCCCUAUUUCUUGUUCUACUGUAUGCCUAUUCAUCUUCUUUCUUUGUCAUAAUCCAAUUGUUCAGUAAGUUAUCAUCAGAAAACAACAGUACAAAAAUGUUUAUAAAGAUAUUAAAAUCUAUAUCUUCUUAUGUCUAC